AUGCCAAACCUUAUUAUAGAUCCCCCCGCCAACUUAACAAUACGACAGGAGGAGGGCAGUCUCCACGAGCUAAUGGUGGCCGGGGCCCGCAGACGUGAAUUGGUUGUGCUUGCUCGUGAGGGAGAACGCAAGCGCCUCAUCUGUACCACUGGUGCUUAUUACCCCCAUGUGAUGAUUAAAUGGCUGCUGCAAGAAACAACAGGUGGCCAUGCAGGCUUGGCUCGUCCACCGCGCCAACUGAAUGCCAGUCGAACCACAGAGACAGCUACACCAGAUGGCGAGAGUUUUGUCCAAGAAAGCCAAGUGCAAUUAGUUAUUCGCAGGGAGCUUGACAGGAGCUACGUAGAAUGCCAGGCCUGGGACGAAACUGAGCACCGUAUCGAUACACGGGUUCGACUUGAUAUAAUUUGUAAGAAAAAUCACAAUUUACUUUUUUGUCUUCUAUAUUAA